AUGUCUGACGCGCGCUUCGAAAAGACGGCUAUUGCCGAGAGCGAGGUGACUACUCUCAACCCAAAGGCCGACGAAGCGACGGCGUUCAACUCGACACCUGGCUCCGAGCAUGCCAGUGACGACAAGUUGGAAAUCCAGCGUCGUCAUUCAGCUGUUCGGGACCUGGCGCGCCAGUUUACACAGACGUCAGGCAUCGAUGUUCAAGACAAUCCCUCCAAGCUGUUCCAUCAUGAUGACCCGGAGUCGCCUCUCAACCCCAACGGAAACUGCUUCAACGCCAGGAUUUGGGCAAAGACCCUGGCGAAGCUGACUGAGAGCACCAGCAAUGGGUUCCGUCGCAGCGGUUUCGCUUUCCAGCACAUGAACGUGCAUGGUUACGGCAGCGCCACGGGCUACCAGAAGGAUGUGGCUAAUGUUCUCCUCGAAAUCCCCAACCUUGCGACAAGACUCCUUCGCGGCUCCGAUUCUCAGCAUCGCAUUGACAUCCUAAGGGACUUCGAUGGUGUUGUCAACUCAGGCGAGAUGCUUGUUGUUCUUGGGCCGCCCGGGUCUGGAUGCUCCACGUUCCUCAAGUCGAUUGCCGGCGAGACCAACGGCCUUCAUGUUGAUAAGUCUUCGUACAUCAACUACAAUGGCAUUACCGCCAAAGAGAUGCACUCGAAUCAUAGUGCCGAAGCCAUCUACACCGCUGAGCUUGAUGUUCACUUCCCGCAGCUCACCGUAGGCGAGACACUCACCUUUGCCUCCCGCGCCCGACUCCCUCGCGACUUACCGGGCGGCGUCUCGCGAAACGACUUCGCCGAUCACUAUCGAGAUGUUGUUAUGGCUAUGUACGGCAUCAGUCAUACAGUCAAUACGCGCGUCGGAAACGACCUUGUUCGCGGUGUGUCAGGAGGAGAGAGAAAGCGUGUUUCUAUCGCCGAGGCUACCCUCGCAAAUGCGCCGCUUCAGUUCUGGGAUAAUUCGACUCGUGGUCUAGACUCGGCCAAUGCGCUUGAAUUCUGCAAGACCCUCCGUCAACAAUCUCAUCUCUUUGGGCAGACCUGUGCCGUAUCUAUUUACCAAGCUUCUCAGGGCGCUUAUAGCCUUUUCGACAAGGUCACCGUCUUGUACGAGGGUCGUCAGAUCUACUUCGGGCCAACUGCAAGUGCCAAGCAGUUCUUUGUCGACAUGGGCUUCGAAUGCCCCAUAAGUCAAACGGAUCCGGACUUCCUUACGUCCUUGACCUCUCCUCUAGAACGCGUCAUUCGUCCCGGUUUCGAGAAUCGCGUUCCUCGCACCCCGGACGAAUUUGCUGCUCGUUGGAAGGAAAGCCGCGAGUAUCAGCUGCUCCAGAAUGAGAUCGAAUCUUACAAGGUCUCCCAUCCGUUCGAUGGUGCCGACGCGCAGGCCUUCCGUGACCACAAGCGCGCCGCUCAAGCCAGGAGUCAGCGAGCCAAAUCCGCCUUCAUCUUGUCUUAUGGCCAGCAGAUCAUGCUCUGUCUUUGGCGUGGCUGGAAACGUCUCAAAGGCGAUCCCUCGAUUACGGUUUUCUCCAUCUUCUCCAAUAUGCUCAUGGCCCUGGUCGUGUCGUCUAUUUUCUACAAUCUCCCACAGACAACCGAAUCCUUCUUCCCCAGAAGUACCGCGCUGUUCUUCUCUGUGGUGAUCAACUCGUUCUCCAGUUUCCUUGAAGUCUUAACGCAAUACGCACAGCGGCCGAUCGUCGAAAAGCAGUCUCGAUACGGAUUCUACCACGCUUCGGCAGAGGCAUGGGCGUCGGUGCUUAUGGACAUGCCCUAUAAGAUCGGCAAUUGCAUUGGCUUUAAUCUCAUAUUUUACUUCAUGGUAAACCUGAACCGAAGCCCAGGCCCGUUCUUCUACUAUCUCUUCGUCAACUUUCUCCUGGUGUUGACACUCUCCGGCCUCAUUCGAUCAAUUGCCUCACUGUCUCGAUCGCUCGCCCAAGCUCUAGUUCCUGGUAUUCUCAUUCUGCUCUCGCUCAUCAUCUUCACCGGCUUCGUUGUACCUAUUCAGGACAUGCUCGGCUGGUGCCGCUGGAUCAACUACCUCGACCCCGUCGCAUACGGCUUCGAAUCUCUCAUGGUGAAUGAAUUUCACGGCCGCACCUUCGAUUGUAACACAUUCCUCCCUCCCAUGGUCCAAGGGUACGAGAAUCUUUCCUCGGAGAACCGUGCCUGCAUUGCUGUUGGCUCUGUUGCUGGGGAAAGUGUUGUCCAGGGGACUGCGUACAUCGGCUCGCAAUAUAGCUACUUUGCUUCUCACAAGUGGCGAAACGUCGGCAUCAUCAUCGCUUUCGCCAUUUUCAAUCAUUUCGUCUACUUUGCUGCCACUGAGCUGAUUACAGCCAAGAAGUCCAAAGGAGAAGUGUUGGUGUUCCGACGUGGCCACGUCCCUGCUGUUACGAAAGGCAAAGAUGACCCCGAGGCUAUGACGUCCGGACCGGUUGCUGUGCUCGAAAAGCACAAGAGCAAGGUCACUGAUCAAAGACGCUUCCAGGGUUCCACCAGUGUCUUUCACUGGCGAAACAUCUGCUAUAACGUCAUGAUCAAGAAGGAAGAUCGGCGGAUUCUCGAUCACGUUGAUGGUUGGGUUAAGCCCGGUACUCUAACGGCCCUCAUGGGCGUGUCUGGCGCUGGUAAAACCACACUUCUCGACUGCUUGGCUGAUCGCACUUCGGUCGGCGUGAUUACUGGAGAAAUGCUUGUCGACGGAAAGCUACGCGACGAAUCCUUCCAACGCAAGACGGGAUAUGUGCAGCAGCAAGAUGUCCACCUCGAAACGACUACUGUACGCGAAGCGUUAGAGUUCAGCGCCGUGCUGCGUCAGCCUCGCUCAACCCCUUACGCGGAAAAGAUAUCCUAUGUGGACGAGGUUAUCAAGCUACUCGAAAUGGAAUCCUACGCCGAUGCUAUCGUUGGAAGACUCGGUGAAGGCCUGAAUGUGGAACAGCGCAAGCGGCUUACCAUCGGCGUUGAGCUCGCGGCCAAGCCGCCUCUCCUGCUUUUCGUUGACGAGCCGACGUCCGGACUUGACUCCCAAACAUCGUGGGCGAUCCUCGACCUCCUCGAAAAGCUUUCUAAAGCGGGUCAGUCAGUGCUAUGCACAAUACAUCAGCCUUCCGCUAUGCUAUUCCAGCGCUUCGACCGACUAUUAUUCUUGGCCAAGGGCGGCAAAACGGUAUACUUUGGGGACAUCGGCAACAACUCCGAGACUCUGAAGUCGUACUUUGAGCGUUACGGCGCACCAAGGUGCCCCGAAGGCGAAAACCCUGCUGAAUGGAUGCUGGAAGCCAUCGGUGCUGCCCCUGGGUCCGUGUCUGACGUCGACUGGUUCGAGGUUUGGCGCAACAGCCCCGAGUUUAACGAAGUGCAAAAGGAGCUGGAGCGUCUCAAAGCCCUCGGAGACGGCCAGGAGGCUGUCCACGGUACAGAGGAGACCGAGUAUGACGAGUUUGCGGCCCCCUUAUUGACGCAGAUGUACACUGUGACGAAGCGCGCAUUUGAGCAAUACUGGCGCACCCCGGUCUAUAUUUACGCCAAGAUGGCGCUUGGCAUCGGUGUUGCCUUAUUCAUCGGAUUGGUCUUCCUCCAGGCACCUCUUAGUCGACAGGGGCUGCAGAACCAAAUGUUCGCUUUCUUCAUGGUCGCCACGGUCUUCAACCAGCUUGUCCAGCAACAGAUGCCCUACUUUGUCGUGCAGCGCGACCUAUACGAAGCUCGCGAGAGGCCGUCGAAAACAUACAGCUGGAAGGUGUUCAUGCUAUCGCAGAUUUUUGUGGAAAUCCCAUGGAAUUCGCUGCUUUCCGUUUUCAUGUUCAUAUGCCUCUACUACCCGGUUGGAUACAACAACAUCGCCUCCGACGCUGGUGAGGGACCCGAGCGAGGAGCACUGGCUUGGCUCCUGAUGUGGCAAUUCCUUAUCUUCACUUGCACGAUGGGUAACCUGUGCAUCGUCAUUGCGGGAUCUGAGGAAGGUGGCGGUGGUCUGGCUCAGACCCUGUUCAUGUUCUGUUUGGCCUUCUGUGGUGUUUUGGCCGGUCCCGACGCGCUACCUGGCUUCUGGAUCUUCAUGUAUCGUGUGUCCCCCAUCACGUACUGGAUCUCCGCCCUUCUAUCGACCGGUCUGGCCCAUGCGGAUGUUGUCUGCGCCGCCAACGAGUACAUCAGUGUGAAGCCACCAGGCAACGACACGACAUGCAUGGAGUUCCUCGGCCCAUACAUCAAGAUUGCCGGAGGGUAUUUGCUGAACGAGGAUGCCACGAGCGAAUGCAACUACUGCCCCAUUGCGACCACCGAUGACUUCUUGACCAUGAUCAACGCCAGCUACAGCAACCGAUGGCGCGAUUUUGGUAUCGGGAUGGUAUACAUCGUAUUUAAUAUCGCGGCAGCUACUCUGCUGUACUGGGUGAUCCGGAUGCCAAAGGGCAAGAAGGUCAAGAAAGAGUGA